CUUAUCCAAACUUCUCUCCCCCAAACGAAAAUGGCGUUCUCGUUUCUAACGCAGACGCCUUUCUCCCUCUCACUAACCUCCACCGCCGCUCCUCGGAACUCCGUCGCCGCGGCGGCCGGACCUUCCGCCUCGAUUUCCACCUCUCAGAGAAAACCGCGCCGGAAAAAGCAGCAGAACGACCUGAAAUCUUCCGACGACAACGGCUAUCCAGGAGGCGAGGGCGGCAAUUUCACGCCGUCGAGCGCGGAGAAGCUCCUGAGGCUCGUGUUCAUGGAGGAGCUGAUGGAGCGCGCUCGAAGCGGCAGCGCUGCCGGAGUUUCUGAUGUGAUCUACGAUAUGAUUGCCGCGGGCUUGACGCCUGGACCGAGGUCGUUCCACGGUCUCGUCGUGUCUCACGUGCUCAAUGGCGACGAGGAGGGAUCUAUGCACGCACUUCGAAGGCAACUGAGUGAGGGUCUUCGGCCUCUACAUGAAACGUUUCUUGCGUUAGUACGUUUGUUUGGGUCAAAAGGCCAUGCUACUAGAGGAUUGGAAAUUCUUGCAGCAAUGGAAAAACUCAAUUAUGACAUUCGGCAGGCUUGGCUGCUUCUUGUUGAGGAACUUGUGAAAGGCAAUCAUCUAGAAGAUGCCAAUAGAGUUUUCCUGAAGGGUGCUGAGGGUGGCCUAAGGGCUACGGAUAAGCUUUAUGAUCUUCUUAUAGAAGAGGAUUGUAAGGCAGGAGAUCACUCAAAUGCAUUGACCAUAGCCUAUGAAAUGGAAGCAGCUGGUAGAAUGGCGACAACCUUUCAUUUCAAUUGUCUUUUGAGUGUGCAGGCUACUUGUGGAAUUCCUGAAAUUGCUUUUGCUACCUUUGAAAACAUGGAAUAUGGAGAAGCUUAUAUGAAACCUGAUACGGAGACAUAUAAUUGGGUGAUCCAAGCAUACACAAGAGCUGAGUCAUAUGACAGGGUCCAAGAUGUUGCCGAGUUACUUGGAAUGAUGCUUGAAGACCACAAGCGUUUGCAACCAAAUGUGAGAACCUACGCGUUGUUGGUGGAAUGCUUUACAAAAUAUUGUGUCACAAGGGAAGCCAUUCGACAUUUUCGUGCUCUCAAAAGGUUUGAAGGCGGGACCACUUUGUUACAUUAUGAGGGACAAUAUGGUGAUCCACUUUCGUUGUAUCUUCGAGCAUUGUGCAGAGAAGGAAGAGUUUUCGAGUUACUAGAUGCUCUGGAAACCAUGGCGAAGGAUAAACAACAAAUCCCACCCCGAGCCAUGAUCUUGAGCAGGAAAUAUCGGACUCUAGUUAGCUCAUGGAUUGAACCUUUGCAAGAAGAAGCUGAACUUGGGCAUGAAAUUGACUACAUUGCCAGGUAUGUUGCAGAAGGUGGGCUCACAGGUGAACGCAAACGCUGGGUCCCACGUAGAGGAAAAACUCCUCUAGAUCCUGAUGCUGAGGGUUUUGCAUAUUCCAAUCCUAUGGAAACCUCUUUCAAACAGCGAUGUCUCGAGGAAUGGAAAAUACAUCAUAGAAAACUUUUAAGAACCUUAAGAAAUGAAGGGCCAAUAAUAUUGGGGAAUAUUACCGAGGCUGACUAUAUUAGAGUUGAGGAGAGAUUAAAGAAAAUUAUAAAAGGUCCAGAACAAAAUCUGUUAAAACCAAAAGCUGCUAGUAAAAUGAUAGUAUCAGAGCUGAAGGAAGAGCUGGAAGCUCAAGGUUUGCCAACUGAUGGCACUAGAAAUGUACUGUAUCAGCGUGUGCAAAAGGCAAGGAGAAUAAACCGUUCUAGAGGCCGGCCCCUUUGGGUUCCUCCUGUGGAAGAGGAAGAAGAAGAGGUGGAUGAAGAGUUGGAUGAAUUAAUUUCACGGAUUAAGCUGGAAGAAGGCAAUACAGAGUUCUGGAGACGGCGUUUCCUUGGGGAGGGCCUGAAUGAAAAUCAUAGCAAGCCAUUAGAACAAGAAGAGGAAAAUGAUGAUGAUGAUGAUGAAGUCCUUGAUAUCGAUGCUGAUGUUGGUGAUGACAUUGCCAAAGAUGCUGAAGAUGAUGAGGCUGAUGAGGAAGAGGACGAGGAGGAGGUAGAACAAACUGAAAUCCAAGUCACUGACCGAGUUAAAAAUAAGGAAGCUGAAGCUGCCAAACCUCUUCAAAUGAUUGGGGUGCAAUUGUUGAAAGACUCCGACCAGAGUACCAGCUCAUCAAGAAAGUUAAAGAAAAGAUCACCUAGGGCAUCUAUGGAGGAUGAUGACGAUGAUGACUGGUUUCCGGAAGAUAUUCACGAAGCAUUUAAGGAAUUGAGGAACAGGAAGGUGUUUGAUGUAUCAGAUAUGUACACGUUAGCUGAUGUCUGGGGUUGGACGUGGGAUAAGGACUUUAAGAACAAAGCCCCUAGAAGAUGGUCGCAGGAAUGGGAGGUUGAAUUGGCCAUUAAAAUAAUGAAUUUGGUAAUUGAAUUAGGAGGAACGCCAACCAUUGGGGACUGUGCUAUGGUACUUCGAGCUGCUAUACGAGCUCCUGUGCCUUCAGCCUUCUUACAGAUUUUGCAGACAACUCAUCGCCUAGGUUACGUUUUUGGCAGUCCCUUGUACGACGAAGUCAUCAGCCUGUGUCUAGAUCUUGGGGAACUCGAUGCAUCCAUCGCCAUUGUUGCAGACCUCGAGACAAGUGGCAUCAAAGUUGCGGACGAAACUCUUGAUCGAGUCAUUUCUGCUAGACAGGAUAGCUCAGGCGCUGAUGCAUCGUCAUAGUUUUUCCUCUAACACUUGCUAUUUUUUCAUGUUUGUACAGUGUAGUUAUACGAUUUUGUCCAUUAUUUAUUGAUGAGAAUGCUGCAGAGAUUAAUGGAAAUUUAUUUGAUGCUUGA